UUCUGUCAUGGCGGGAUACAUGAAAUGGAAAAAUGGACCCCUCUCCAAAAUAGUUUUGCUAAUUGUGCUUUUGUGUAUAUUAGGGACACACCAAACCUCAGGAAGUAAUAUCAACAUAAUCAAUAUCAAAGAUGGCCAGGAGUCUGACAGAACAGGGUCGAGUCACUUCUGCUAUCUCAACCCAAUUGCCCCAGGUUGGAAGGAAACAUGGACAAGAAUCCAGAUUAGAGUAUGGAGCUCGAAACAGCUGAAGGUGACUGUUGUGGAGGAUGAGGAGAAGCUGCAGGAACUAGAACACUUCAGUGUCUGGGGUCUUGUGCAGUACCUAAUGCUUGAGCAGACCAAUGAAACCACCAUCAGCAUCAGCCUGUUCAGCCCAAAGACCUGCUUCAAGAUUGACCCCAUCAACCUUGGAGCACAAUACACUGUAAUGCCCAUACGAAAAUUUGACAUUUACAUGUUUGUGACAUUCCUGGCUGGAGUGCUGUUAUUCAUCUUUGCAGACUCACUCAGCAGGAGUCAGGUAUUCUAUUACUCUGCUGGCAUGAGCACAGGUAUGAUUGCCUCCCUUAUCAUCCUCAUCUUCAUCAUGGCACGCUUUCUGCCCAAGAAAAGCCCAUUUUACAUGGUAAUAGUUGGUGGUUGGUCCUUUUCCGUUUACAUCAUCCAGCUUGUGUUCAGGAACCUACAGAUGAUUCUGAGAGAGCACUGGCACAUGGCUUUUGGCUAUGCUGCAGUGGUUGGGUUUAUCAGUUUUGCUGUGUGCUAUCGUCAUGGCCCUCUUGUGGAGGAAAGGAGUAUAAAUAUCCUGUCCUGGACACUGCAGUUGUUUGGCCUGCUACUGAUCUACAGUGGGAUCCAGGUUCAGCAAGUGGCGUUGGCCAUCAUCGUGGCUGCCUUCUGCUCUAAGAACCUGGAGUAUUCCAUUUCAUUGAUCCUUCUUGCUUGGCGCAAAGUCAAGCCAACUCUGCGCUGGAAGCCAGAGCCUCGUCGGCUGCUGACUGAAGAGGAGUUCCAGAAACAGGGGGAGGUGGAGACGCAGCAUGCCCUGGAGGAGCUGAGGAAGUACUGCAGCAGUCCAGACUUCAGCAAAUGGAAGGCCGUCUCUCGACUUGCGUCCCCAAAAAGGUUUGCUGAUUUUGUGGAGGGCUCACCUCACCUGAUAUCGAAUGAGGUUUCUGUGCAUGCGCAGGAAUAUGGAUCGUUCUUUGAGGAUGAUUUCUUUGACACAGAUGAGGAAGAUGAGGAGAAUAUGAUGAAUGCUUUGAAAAAAGAAGACCUUCGAUGGAAUGACAGAGACUUGUGAAGGUGAAUAGAUGUGGUUAUUUUCCUGUAGCAAGGUUAAUGGAGCAUAGUGCUGACUGGCUUUCAACCCCUACAGCUCUCCUCCAACCAUAAGACAGGUGCUCAUGAAUCGCCAUGGAGAUGGUGGAAUCUGGCCAUUGCUAGGCCUGUGAGCUAAUGUCUGGCAUCCAGGUUGCGGCAUACAUAAUACUGUACACUGAGUGUACAAAACAUUCGUAACACCUUCCUAAUAUUGAGUUGCUCCCCCUUUUGCCCCCAGAACAGCCUCAAUUUGUCGGCGCAUGGACU